AUGGGUUUGUUUAUUGGUUUUUCUUAUCUGAACGCACCGCUCGGCGCCCGGAGGAGACUUGAUGUGGGAUUUCAGAAUUGCUGUAUUGCUGUGGUCAAAAGCGGAGGAAUCGAGACCGCGUCCAAUGAAUUUACGGACAGAUGCACGCCAGCUGUUGUUUCAUUUAAUGCAAAGAACAGGACCAUUGGUAAUGCUGCGAAAAACCAGAUGAUAACCAAUACUGCAAGCACAGUCUCUCAUUUUAAGAGACUACAUGGCAGAUUGUUUCAGGAUCAUUCUGUGCAAGCAGAGAAGGCUAGUUUACCAUAUGACCUGGUACCACUAAACGAUGGGAAGGUUGGAGUCAAGGUCAUGUACCUCGACCAGGAGCACCGUUUCAGCAUCGAGCAGGUCACGGCUAUGUUGUUGACCAAAUUGAAAGACAUUGCAGAAGCUAAUCUGCAGAAGAAAGUGGUGGAGUGUGUCAUCUCUAUCCCCUCAUUCUUCACUGAUUCAGAAAGGAAGUCUGUGCUGGAUGCUGCCAAGAUUGCCGGCUUGAACUGCCUGAAGCUAAUGAAUGACAGCACUGCAGUGGCGUUAAACUAUGGCAUAUACAAGGAAGGUCUUCCAGGCUGUGAUGAGAAUCCAAAGAUUGUGGCAUUUGUGGACAUGGGCCACUCUGCUCUCCAGGUCUCUGUUUGUGCUUUCAACAAAGGUAAACUUAGGGUUCUGUCAACCGCCUUUGAUCCUUAUUUGGGAGGGAAAGACUUUGAUCAGAAGCUGGUGGAAUACUUCUGUGCUGAAUUUAAGUCCAAGUAUAAGAUGGAUGUAAAGUCCAAGGCUCGAGCCAUGUUGCGACUGACACAAGAGUGUGAGAAACUCAAGAAACUGAUGAGCAGCAACUCCACAGACAUUCUCCUCAACAUUGAGUGCUUUAUGGAUGAUAAAGACGUAUGUGGGAAAAUGAACAGGGCCAAAUUUGAGGAGCUAUGUGCUGACCUGAUUGAGAGAGUGAUGGUUCCUCUGAUGACGGCUGUAGAACAGGCUCAAGUGCGGCUUCAGGACAUCAGUGCUGUGGAGAUUGUAGGAGGAGCCACACGGAUCCCUGCUGUAAAGGCCCAGAUCAGUAAAUUCUUCAAGAGGGAUGUGAGCACUACAUUAAAUGCUGACGAAGCAGUGGCCAGAGGCUGUGCAUUACAGUGUGCCAUGCUCUCACCUGCAUUCAGAGUGCGAGACUUCUCCAUCACCGAUGCUAUCCCUUUCCCUGUUUCUCUUUCCUGGACCAGUGAAGCAGAUGAAGGCAAAUCCUGUUAUGAGAUAUUUGGCAGGAAUCAUCCCUGUCCAUCAGCCAAAAUGAUAACGUUUUACAGGAGCAAGCCUUUUGUUCUGGAAGUGUUUUAUUCGGAUCUGACAUCUCUGCCCUUUCCUGAGGCGAAGAUCGCUGAAUACAAAGUGCAGAACAUUCAACCUCAGGAGAAUGGAGAAAAAGCAAAGUUGAAAGUAAAAGUUCAAGUAAACGCCAGUGGUAUAGUCAGCGUGAGCUCAGCUACUAUGGUCCUGAGGGUCAGCUCAAAUGAAUCUGAAUCCACAGAAAUAAAUGAGAUUUACAGUCAUGACGGCGCUGAUGAUAUUAACAUAGAGGACAAGAUACAGGAGGCAAAUAUUCAGCUCUCGGUAGACAAAGAAAACCUGCCAAAAGCACAGUGUCCCCCCAUGGAAAAAGAGCAGAAUCAAACAGAUGCAAAUAUGAAUGGAGAAGUAAACAAUCACCCCCCUGAUGCUAAAAAAGCCAAGAUGAAGGUCAAGCAUGUUGUUCUGCCCAUCGAGGAGACGUUUACCCAGCAGUUACCAAAGGAUCGCCUCAGCAAUUACAUGGAGCAGGAGAGCAAAAUGAUACAGCAAGACUGCCAGGAGAAAGACCGUAACAACGCUAAAAAUGCAGUCGAGGAGAAUGUUUAUUACUACAAACACAAGCUGGAGGGCCCCUAUCAGAAGUUUAUAAAUGCUCAAGACCAUCAGGCAUUCUCUGAGCUUUUAGAUGGCACGGAGAACUGGCUGUACGAAGAGGGAGCAGACCAAGAUAAGCAGACGUACAUUAACAAGCUGGAAGAAAUACACAAACUGGGUAAACCUGUGCAAAACAGAUACCAGGAGUCUAUACGGAGACCUAAAAUGUUUGAGGAGCUGUCAGCCAAAAUACAAAGCUACAUGACUAUUAUGGAGGAGUAUAAGAAUGGAAGUGACAGUUACUGCCAUAUUGACGCCAUGGACAUGGACAAGGUCAGAGUGUGUGUUGAAGAUACACAAGUGUGGAUGACAAACAUAAAGGAUUCUCAGGAUAAAUGCAGAUCUGAUCAGGAACCUGCCAUACACAGCACUCAGAUCGAGGAGAAAUUACAGGUACUCAACAACAUUUGUGAUGAAAUAGUUACCAAACCCAGACCCAGAGUUGACUCUCCCAUGGAUGACAGCAUUCAGCCGGAGCAGCCACACAACAAAAAAAGCCCAGAAGAUGUGACAAUGGAAUACACAGAUUUUGUUCAAAAUGAAGCAAAAAACAGCCACAUCAAUAUUUAACCGCUUAUCAUUUUGGUAAUGCAAUAUGGCUGGAUUUGCAUUUAAUGUGUUUGCUGGUGCAUCAUUCAGUCAUAUAAACCAGUAAAUGAAGCAUUUUGUUUCUUGUAUUUGAUGUUAACAGGCACAUUUGAAGUAUGUUUCUUAUGUUAAGAGUGAUAAAACUUUUUGUGCACUUUUACUACAUCUUCAUGUAGCAUCUAUCUUGAAAUACUUAAAGCUCCACUGUUUUUCUCAACAAUUUUAGUCUGGUCUCAAAGCUGUCCAAAUAAAUUCUGACAUUGAACGCAGUUCUAUUGACAAAAACAUGAAAAUUUUAUAUAUAUAUAUAUAUAUAUAUAUAAUGAAAUGCUUUAAUGGCUGUUUUAGAUAAACAAAUUAAUAGAUGUAGAUGUAGUGUACCUGUCAACAACUAUACUGAGAGAACAGCUACUGUAUUGACAGAUUUACUGCACUGAAUAAAAGAAAACUCAUACUGAAACUGUGGCUCUAAACAAAGUGAAAGCUUGCAAUAUCAGAAAUGGAUGUUCAAGAGCUUCUGCUAUACAUUUGACUGUUCUGCUUUAUUUUCGCUGUGCAUUCAAUAGGAUAUGUCAUGUUAAAUACACAAUUUAUUUAUAGCACAUACUGAGCUAUAUCUGUGCAGUUGGAGAUGCACCAGCUGUCUUUGUGAAAUUUGUUGAUGCAGAAAAUUGAUGUUUGUUCCUUUGUGUUGUGCCUGAAACUUUUGCUGCAAGUUUGAAAUCACAAAAUAAACACCUCUACAGCUUUCUAAUCCA